AUUUGUGCAGAGGUGUACUCUGUACAGAGGUAGUAGAUGCAUGUGACGGAUAUAGAUAAUCCCUUCCGCGGUUUGUUUGUUUUGCAUCGACUGCCGCUGAUUACUGCCGUACUUUCGGUAUUCAACAUUCAACGUUCUACAAAGAAACCAAGAAGUCAAGAAUGAAAGACUUCUAUUAAAAGAAGAUAGCUAUUCCUGCAAGACAGAGACAGACUCAAAAAACAAUCUUCCACAUCACACUCCCCAACUACCACAUCUACGCAAUACAGAGUCAUCACUCAACAUGGACUUCAUACCAGGUACGCUACCCAACCACUUCCCUCUACACAACAAACCUAUUCGGAUACGAUCAAGGUAUACUAACAGAAAAACAGAAUACCUCCACCCUCUCCUAAUCAACAACCCCUUCCUCGCCAACCUAACCACCACCCCCGAAAUCCUCACCACACACCUCACAACCGUCCGCACGACCUACCUCGACCCCUACUUCCUAACCCCCCUCUCCUCGCUCCUGACCUCUUCAACGCCGGACCUCGUUUCCGUCUUUCUCUUGCUCCUCAUUCUAUUCCUCUCGCUGAAGAUCCUGGACUAUACGCGGCGCAUGGUGCUGUUUUGGGUGUGGUUGGUUUUUAGGGUUGUUUUUUGGGGAGUCAUACUUGCUGUUGGGUACUGGGUGUAUAGUGUGGGUGUUGAGAGGGCGGGGGUUGAGGUUGGAAGGGCUUUGGGGUUGGCGAAGGGGGUUUGGGAGGAGUUUGAGAGGGGGGUUGAUGGGGGGGGUGCACCUGGUGGGCAGGGUUUUGGGCAGUAUGGGAGGGAGUUAUGAUCUUGAGGGGCGUGAGGGAGUUUGGAGGAAGUUAUAGUCUGUGGACUGCCGUUUGCUACGAGAGCGAAGAUUGUGGUUUACGGAUAAUGGUUGGUUGAGUUGGAAGGAAGGAUUGGAAUGGUAUACUUGACUGCGGUCAUGAUUAUGUUGCUAUGUGUUAUGCUAUGGCUGAGCGGAUGCAUCUUAGA